AUGGUCACUUCAAAUGUAGACGCUGGCACUGAGGUCGCAUCGAAAGUUGACCCAAUCCCAAAUGAACCCGGAGUCGGUCCUGAGGUUAUCCGGAAAGCUUCCAAUCAGCGCAGUCGACGCCAGCGACUGAAUGAACGUCGUUUGCGCUCUCGAGUUGCCGAAGAGCGACUUAGGUUGGCCACUAAUGGCCGUCGACUGGUGAGCCGACUGAUUGCACUUGCCAAUGGAGAUCCUGCUGCUCGUCAAGGUCUACGAACUAGUUCUACGGGAACCCUUCUUUUGCCACUACAGCUAUCCACUCGAGAACCGGUACACUUUUCCGGCCCGAGCGGAAUUGACGAAGAUGAUGGUGAUGCAGACGAGGAAGAGGAAGCAGUUGAAGAGGAAGAAGAAAUUGUGGAAGGAGGGGAGACGCAGGUCGCUGUGGAGAAAGGUCGCGAAGUGGCAGAGGAAGAAAGCGAUAAAAGAAUAAUGAACGAUAAUGGGUCCAAUGAGUUAAAUUCAGCUAACGAUUCAACUCAUUUGUCUGUGGAUAGUGGCGUGGAAAGCGGACAAGCUGAGAUGACUUUACCCAUUUCGAGCCAGAAAGAUAUCGACAGUUCGAGCAUAUCUUCAACUCUUAGAACCUCUACUAUCAGUGCUACUAAUAGUUUACUGGUAGUUAAAAACUUAACUUCCGUUCCUUCUGAGCCAGCUCAAUCAUUGGCUCUUGGAAAGAAGCGACGUAAUCCUUCUGGUGUUCUCCCUCUUCAGCGGACUGCAGUCGUCAAGAGCCGACAAAUUUCUACAAUGGAUUUUAUAAAAACUAUCCUAACCCCAGACACUGGUUUUCUCACCCCCUCACCCCGUAAUCCUCUUGCCAUGCGUCUUAUCAGAGUCUCCCUCUUGCCCCGUAGGAUCCGCCUCGCUGAGCAGGCCCCUGAAAAUCAGGAUUCGCAAGCUCUAAAUCUCCCUAAGAUCAACCUCAAGUCAGUUAACCUGAUGCGUAUUCCACUUUCUCUGCCGGUUGUCGAUAAUAUGGGUGGCGCUGGAAGUGGCGAAAGCAGCUGCACCAGCGACGUUGAUGAUGGUGAAGGAGUGCUCGACGAUGCUGCUUCCGAUUCUACAGGUGCUGGUGGUUCUGAUGGUGACUACAUGACUUCCACUUCAAGCGGUGGUCUU